AAGAAAUCCGCGAAAUUGACCCAACUUUUUCUUAGUCAAGAAUGGGUUCUGUCUGCUUUUUCAAAACUGUCUGGAGACUGUUUGAUAGAUUCAUUUAAAGCCUUAAAAGUUAGAAUCUGUAAACGUUGUAGUCGUGAAUGCUCAACACUUCAAAAACUUUGUGAACAUCUUAAGCGAAAAAAUCUAUGCAAACCAUUACAAGAAGCUAACCAACAACCCAUUAAAAAAGAUAUUCAAAAACCUGUUCAAGUGGCUAUCCAAGAACCUAUUCAAAAGAAUAGAGACUAUAUUAGCCAGAAGGAGGCAGACAAAUGGGUUAGCCCAAAUGCCCGAAAACCUGGUAAAUAUCUUAAAACAAAAAACUUGGAUGACUAUAUGACUCUCUGUCAUGAUCUUGAACAAUACAAUCCAGAAGUAGUUAGACCACCAACAAAAGAGGAAUUAAAAGAAGAACAUGAAAAAAGAAAAUUAGAAGAGAUCAAGAAGAGACAAGAAAGACCAAAAAAAGACCUAGAGUUUAGAGAGCAAGAAGAGUUGGAAAUGGCA